AUGGUUGCAAUUUUUAGAUGGAUCCAAACUGAAUUAAAAUCGUUAAGUAAACAACUAAAAGAUAAAAAGGACCACAGAGACAAGCUAGAGGCAGAUUUGAAAAGAGAUGCACUAAAGGCAAUUGAUUUACAGAAAAAAAUUGAAGAACAAUCACUAGAACUAGAACGGCAAAAGAACUACAUUGAUGAGUAUAAUAAACAAUGCUAUGACCUAAAGAAAAGCAAGGAUCAGUUUCAAACGACCAGGAAGGAAUUAUGGAGAAAAGAAAAUCAUGUUCAAGCAAAUUUGACAUCGCUUAAAGAAGAUUUGGCCAAGGCUGACCAACAGUUAAGGUCGAUGGUGGGCAAGCCAAUAUUGAAUGGUCGCGAUAGUGUUCGCAAAGUAUUAAACACUUUUAUAGCUCGGGGAGGUAAAGAAGCAGAUAUAGCGAAAUGUUAUUAUGGUCCGGUAAUAGAAAACUUUGAAUGCGAGAAGAGUAUCUAUAUUGCUGUAGAAGUAACCGCCGGAAAUAGGUUAUUCCAUCACGUUAUCGACAAUGACAAAGUGGGAACGAUGAUUCUUAAAGAAAUGAAUCGGCAGACGUUGCCGGGCGAAGUUACUUUUAUGCCCUUGAACAGGUUGAACGUGAGAGAACAAAAUUAUCCAAAUGACGCGGACGCCAUUGCAAUGGUUUCUAAGCUAGACUAUGACCCAAAAUAUGACAAGGCAAUGAGAUAUUUAUUCGGAAAAACAUUGAUAUGUCGACACUUGGAUGCCGCUACUAAAUUAGCACGAAUUACUGGUUUGGAUUGUGUAACUUUGGAUGGUGACCAAGUUUCUUCUAAAGGAUCUCUAACCGGCGGAUAUUUUAAUACAUCCAGGUCACGUCUGGAAAUGCAAAAGAACAGAACAGAAACGAUCGCACAAAUUCAACAGUGUGAAGAGGAGCUGAAAAAAUUGAAAAGUGAAUUGACUGAGACUGAGGCUUCUAUCAACACUAUUGUAUCGGAUAUGCAGAAAAUUGAAACUAAAAAUAGCAAAGCAAAGGGCAUAUUUGAUAAAGUAAAAGGUAGGCAGUUUAUGAUUACGAUAGUGUUGGGAAAAAUCGGAUAA